AUGAAUGAACUUCCUAGAGAAAUCUUGCAUCGUAUAUUUGAAUUCACCGAUUUCCGAGUUUUAAUCGAUUUGUACCCGAUUUUUCAUGACCAGCAUGGGUUAUUAGAAUGCAUCAAGCUGGUGAUUUUUGAGACGGUUGAAAUAUCCGAUGACGAAACUGAAAUUGAGUUUAUAAAUAUUGGUUCUGAUGAUUUGCGUAUUAGGUUGAGCAAUGUGGUUAUCUCGACCAAAGAGUUGGAUAAAUUGAAAAGAUUGGAAAAAUACAUCAAGGAGGCGGGGAUCAAUAAAUGUGAUAGGACAUCAUUGAGUCAAGUGUCAAAAGUUUUAACAGAUCUACGGUAUUUGAAAAAAUUAAGCACAGAUAAAAGACUCUGUUUAGCUCGUUCAUUGGUGGAGAUUGAGAUCCCGUGGGAAGAAGAUUUGCCGAUUUGUGGCGAUAAUGAUAGUUUAGAAAAAUUGGUGCUUACAAGAGGAGUCCUGACGUUACUGACGAGGUUUAAACCCCAUGAUUAUCAUUUCCCGCAAUUGAAAUCAUUUGAAGGACGGUUGAGUUUUGGAAAUUUGGUAGGGAAACAAUGGGUAGGGUAUCCGAACCUUGAAAGUUUGAAGAUUACCUUUAGUAUUAGACCUACGUUCACUUUGAACGAUGUGAAUUCGAAAUAUUUCCCCAAGUUGCAACGGUUGACGAUCCUUGAUGCACAAGCUAGUUGGUUCAGGGAAUUCCCUGGCGACCAAGGAACCGUCAUGAUCGGUAACAUUGAUAUCCAAUCUUUGGUAUAUCUUGAAUCAUCGGGAACCCCUGAUGCAGAGGGUUGGAAAUGGGAUAGUCUAAGGAAUUUGCGGGAACUAGUAUGGACCAUUGGCAAACUCACUGAUUUUGAAAAAAUCUGUAGAUCAUUACCCAAACUAGAACGGGUAUCGUUUAGAAAUACCAAAGAAGGAAUGGCACUGAUGAAAUGCCUACAACAUCUUAAAAAACUCGAGUAUUUGGAGUUGAUUGAUCAAGGGAUUGAGAAUAUUGAAGGGGUUGAUGGGUUGAGUAACUUGAAGGAGUUGUGUUUGGAGAGUAAUCGCAUUGAAAAAAUUGAAAAUUUGCAGAAAUCAAGCAAGCUUAAAAAAUUAAUUCUUAACAACAACAGGAUUCUGAGGAUUGGAAACUUGGGGUAUUUGGAGAACUUGCAAGUAUUGGAUGUUUCUAAGAAUUACAUUUCUGAAGCUGGUGAGUUGAGGAAAUUCAGUAAUUUGGUGAGACUCUCGAUAUGA